GACAACUAUCAGUGACCGCUAUCUGCUAGCCAGAGUCUGUCGUAUUUGUUGUGUCUGUUCUUUCCGUCGUAUCUGUUGUUUCAUUGUUUUGUUGCUGUUGUGACCAUGUUCUGUGAAAUACCGAAGUUCGCAAGAUGCUGCUUCUGCCUGCCUCUACGGCAAGGGAUUUUGACGUUCGGAUACUUGAAUAUUCUAAUCGACUCUCUAAUGGUGGCUAUAUACAGCUACUCGAUAAACCGCGUGUACGGAACCAGCUUGCUCUACCAUGGCGCAGUGUCAUACAUGUUUGAAGACGAGUUUUCCAUUGCCAUGUACGUCAUAGAGAUACUCUUCACUAUCGUGCUGCUGUAUGGUGCUCAUAUGAAACACCUAAUCUACCUGAAGACGUUCUACUACUAUGCGCUAUGCACGUGUGUGGCGACGGUGCUCCUGGAAAUACUGAGCCUCAUCAGUAAUGGGGCACGAGACCUGGAUCUGUUCCCUCUCUUCAUGGUGGGAUUGUGUAUCCACGUAUACUUGAUCUUCCUAGUGGGCAGUUUGAUCAAGAAAAUGGAGACUUCUGGAAUGAGAUUUGAGAACGAACUACAUCAGUUUAUCAAUGGAGAGACACCAGUCAGACCAGAGGGUACUGAGGUGUACCCAACAACAGUCGUACCUAACAAUGACGUUUGAGAUGUGCCCAACAACAAAAUUUUGUCUCAGUUGUAGCCAACAUCAUAAAAAAUUGGUUUUAGGUGUUAAGAACAACAAAGAACCUCGUCUGAGUUGUAACAAACAAUAAAAACUUUGUCGUACCUAAUAAUGUCGUUUGUUGUGUAUACUUUGUUUGAGAUGAACGGUGUACCCAAUAACAAAAAAACUGGGGCUCAGGUGUAUGCAACAACAAUGUUGACCUCCAAUAAUAUGAAUGAAUGAAUGAAUGAAUGAAUGA